CCAAGCAACUGACCAUCAGCACCUCAGGCUUCACACCACCACCGUCCAACCCGAACAAGACCACCAGACUCCGUAACGAUGACCUACGCUGGAGUCCCCAAACACCGCCAAGCACCGCCACAUCAACCCUCUUAAACGGCCGGAGUCCCCAAACCUUUCUACUAUGUAGCAUCCAAAGUUUACAGGGGAGAUGGAAUUAGAAGGUUCUUUAGAUAUCUUUCGUGAAUUUCUUACUCAAUUUCUUUUCCAUAUCUAAAUUCAUUCUUUUUACAAGUAGAAGGUCAUCAAGUUUUUUCUUCUUCUUUUUUUGAAAUAAAUGAAAAAUAAAUCAUUCCAAAAACAUAAUACGUAAAAAUAAAUGAGCACGCUCUUACUAUUAUGCUGGAGCUUGUGGAUUAUGUGAAAUUAAUUUUUCCGUCGAAUAAAAAUAAAAAUAAAAAUAAUUCAUUUCUUGACUCGAUUCUAAUUAUGCAAAUUUAUGUUGACACCGAUUCUUACUUCUUUGUCUCACAAGACUUAAAAACGAAAUAAGAAUGUGUUUUUUUUUUUUUAAGUAAAAAACAUUAGGGCAUGUUUUCCCCACUCAUGGCACCAAAUACUUCAAUUUUGAUAUCAUGAUUUCAUUUACCCCUUUCUCUUCCAUACAAAUUUACCCGUUUGUUGGUACAAAAGUGUUACUUGGAAAAAAUAAUAAAGGGUAGUUUUUUGUAAUUUUUUACAAUAAAUAAAUAAAUAAAGGUGUUCCCUCUACAUAUAUUUCUUCCGUACUUAUUUUUUAGUCGUUGUCCCUAAAAUAUUAUCCUUUUAUUUUAUGUCAAUAGUAAUAAAAAUUAGUAAAAAAGAAGCAAUUGGACAAAAAGUCCAUGCUUUUUAUUGAAGGGUAAAAUAAAAAAAUACGGUGAUCACACAUGCAAUUGUUAUGUUUACAUAUAUAGUUGGAAUCCGUUUUGGACUAGGGAGGGAGUCGGGACGAAGGGAGCAGUGCUUCAAAAACCUAUGUAUAUUGAGAGACUCCUGUAAAUUGAAACUUUGAGAGUUGAAAUCAUAGCCGGUUCAGGGUCCCUGUUUUUGGUUGCCAUGGAGGGUCGGAGAUGGAGGAAGGGAAACAUGGUUGAGCUCCGAAAGAGGAAAAGAGAAGACCCCAACAAUGCCCUGCGAUUCCCUGAGAAAAAGGUUGCUGCAUUGCAACCACCAAAUAUGGCAUCAAGGACUCGACCUGAGACAUUUUUGGCCCCUAGCCAUUCCCCUCCUGCCAAGUACAGAUGGGACAGCUUCUGCUGGCACGGUUGGAAAUCUCUCCCUUGAUGCUUUAUCAGAAGUCAAGAGAGCUUUACAAAAGGUGUUGGCAGAAAAGCAGAAGCAAAUACCAGUGGGUGCAAGCUCAGAAGGUAGCCCUCAAGUGGGGUCAAAGGAGUGUCUAAAAGUGUCUUCCUCUACUCCCGGAUUACUUCCCAAAGCUGUGAGUGCAUCCAAUUAUGAAGCUGUAAAAUAUUCACAAGAACUUGCUGCCAAGUUGGGAUUUCCACAAGACGGAGAGUUUCCUCCUCUAGGAAACAUAUUUUUGGGACAAAUGCCAACAGGGAUAACCUAUCAAACAAAGCUUGACAAGGCCCAUAUUCUCCGUGUGGAUGCACUGGGUAGGGAAAUAGAUGAGCAUGGAAAAGUGGUGGACACAACCAAAGCAACCAACCUGUGCACCCUUAAGGUCAACCUUAACAAGGAGAAGAAAGAGGCAUUCCCACAUCUUGGACCAGAAAUUGAUGUGGAUCCAGGAAGAAAUGAUCAUUUUGAUGCAAGGAUUGUUACUAAUUCAAGAAGGCCGAGGAGGACAAAUUUUGAGUUUGUAGAGGAGGGCACAUGGUCGAAAGCGGCAGAGAUCAUUAAACUGAAGAGUCAAUUUGGAGAGGCACAAGCCAAGGAGCUAAAGGCAAAGCAGACACAGUUAGCAAAGGCUGAUCCUGGGGGAAAUCCAAACCUGAUAGAGGUAGCACAGAGAGUUUCCAUCAAUGAAAAAUCAAAGGAACCAAUACCUGAAAUUGAGUGGUGGGAUCGCUUUCUCUUGUUUUCUGGCACAUACGCUGACAUCACUGAUGGCAAUACAGCUGAAGAUAAACUGAAUAUGGAGAAGAUCACCAUCUACAUGGAACACCCUACUAAUCUGCCCCCUACUGAACCAGGUCCUCCACUGCCUCAACUCCUGAAACUAACCAAAGAAGAGCAGAGGAAACUCCGUAAGCGGCAGCGUCAAGCUCAGGAAGCUUAUAAGCAGGCGAUGAUUGCACAAGCCCUACUAGAACCUCCAAAACCAAUAGUCAAAAUGAGCAAUCUCAUGAGAGUUCUUGGCUGUGAAGCAACUCAAGACCCAACCAGGCUUGAAAUGGAAAUCAGGAGGGCAGCCAUUGAGCGUGAAAAAGCUCACGACGAUCGCAAUGCCGCACACAAGCUCACUCCCGAUGAACGCCGCGAGAAGAGGGAGAGGAAGCUUUUUGGAGAUCCGGAUGUUCCGGAGUCAGUAGUUUCGGUGUACAAGGUCAAUAAUGACCUUUCACACCCACAGACCCAAUUCAAGGUUAACGUUAAUGCCCAUGAGAACAGGUUGACCGGAUGUGCUGUGACUUCAGAGGGUAUCAGCAUUGUGGUGGUUGAAGGUGGGAAGAAGUCUACUAAAAGGUAUCAGAAUCUUAUGCUAAGGCGUAUCGACUGGGCUUCUGCGGGGGGAAUUGGAGACGAGGAUGAGGGCAAAACUGUCGACAAGUGUUUGUUAGUCUGGGAGGGCAGUGUUGCUAAACCCAGUUUCGACAAGUUUUGUAUCCACAAGUGCAGGACCGAAGCGGCGGCUCGUAAGGUGUUUUCUGAUGUUGGGGUUCCUCAUUAUUGGGAUCUUGCUUUUAGCUUCACAUUUGACCAUAUGUAAGUGAAGUAGCUUACUUUGGAGGAAGUAAACCCAUAGGCAUUGGUGGAUCAUUGUGUCCAUUAUUAGUUGCUUAGUUUCAAGAGAAGACUAUUAGUUUCAAAGAUUUGUUAAGCUGUUGAGCUCGUUGUUACUAGUAUUUUCAUGCAAAGCGCAUAAUUGAAUGGGAUGACUGGUGCUUGCUACUGAUUUUAGCAAAAUGAAUAUUGGAGUUGUAUUCUUGCCGUGUCCCAAA